GUAGCUUUUUGGGUACACAGUUCUAGGGCGGUGUAAACCAGGGGGGCUGUAGUCUGGGGUGUGCAUAACUUGGGGGGAACACAGCCUGGGGUGUGCAUAACUCAGGGUGUGGACAGCCUGUGGUGUGUGUAACUCGGGCUGGGAUGUUUGUGUGACUCUUGGGGGUGUGUGCAAACCAGGGGGCCUGUAGUGUGGGGUGUGCAUAGCCUGGGCUAUAGAUUGGGGUGUACCCAGCCUGGGGUGCAUACAGGUGGGGGUGCAUACAGGUUGGGGUGUGCACAGUUUGGGGCGUGCACAGUUUGGGGUGUUCUCAGCCUGGGGUGUGCACAGGUGGGGUGUACCUGUCCUGCAGUGCCUGUAGCCCUGCUGUGCACAGCCACGGGUGCACAGAACUCAGGGCACACCCCACGGGCGGAGGGUCCCUAAGCUGGGGUGCCCCAGCCCUGCUCCGGUGUCCUGUGCCCCGGGCUCAGCCGUGACCCCUUGGCCGAUGUUCCCCCAUGCCGGGGGGCGCGGGGGAGCCCCGGGGGGCUCUGGGGCUGCGGCAGCGGCGAGUGCCGGUGCCCCGGCGGCGGGGAGGGGGCCGAGGGGGCUGCUCCGGUGCCCGCCCCUCCGCCGCUAUUGGCGGAAAGUUCGGGGCGCGCCGCGGGGCGGCGGCCGCGCUGCCCCGUCCCCGCCGCCCCGGCCCCGGUGCGGGAGCGCUGCGGGCAGGGCCGGGCCGGGCCGGGCCGCCCGGGGCCGCCGCGGGCGCGGCCAUGUGGGCGCUGCGGGCGCUGUGCCUGGCCGGGCUGGGGGCGGCCAUCGGCGGCGUCUCAGCGGACCAGUGCAGCUGGAGGGGCAGUGGGCUGUCACAGGAGGCAGGCAGCGUGGAGCAGCUGUCCCUGCACUGCGCCGAGGGCUCUCUGGAGUGGCUGUACCCCACGGGGGCCCUUCGUCUCCGCCUGACCCCCCGCCUGCCCCCCACCACCGCCGCUGUCAAGGGCGGGAGCCCGCAGCACGUCACCGCCUGCGUCAAACCCACUGGGACCUUCCGGGGGGCUCAGCUUUACCUGGAGAGGGAGGGGGUGCUGGAGCUGCUGCUGCCAGAGGCCCCCCGGCCCCGCGCCCGCUGUUUCAGCUGGCUGCCCCAGGAGAAGGUGGCCCUGUUCCUGCAGGCCACCCCACACCCCGACAUCAGCCGCCGCAUCGCCGCCUUCCGCUACGAGCUGCGGGGGGACUGGCUGGCCCGCCCGGCCCUGCCCACCGCCAGCCUCGGGGCAGAGGGCGCGUGUCGGCCGUGCAACGACACCGAGAUCCUGAUGGCCAUUUGCACUAGUGACUUUGUGAUCCGUGGCAGCAUCCGGAGCGUGUCCAACGACGCGGAGCUGCAGGAAUCCAUCAUCGGGGUGAGCGCCACCCGCAUCCACCGACAGAAGUUCCCGCUCUUCCAGGUGGGCGGGCGGCCGGGGCGGCCCGUGGGCAGCAUCCGCACCCCCCUGCGCUGCGGGGUCAAGCCGGGCCCCGGCACCUUCCUGUUCACGGGAUGGCUGCAUUUUGGGGAGGCCUGGUUGAGCUGCGCCCCCCGCUACCGGGACUUCCAGCGCAUCUACGAGGGGGCCCAGCGCACGCGCCAGAACCCCUGUGAGUUCCCCGUGGACUGAGCGGCUCCGGGAGUGCGACCCGGCCCCGCGGGACCUGGGGGACCCCUGGCAACGAGAGUACCCCGGGGGACACAGGGACGGUGCCCGGAGGGAGGGCAGCACAUCCAUCCUCGCCGUAUGGCUGGACUGUGGCAGCGCCUGCCGGCGGGCUCGGGGGUUCUGGGAAAAUCUUGCUGCAGGAGAAGGGAUUUUCCCAGGGCACAUUUUUCCGUGGGCUCCAGGGACCUGCCUGGGUGAGGGCUGCAGUGGUACGGGGUUGGGGCUCCCAGGGGACUGGGUUGCUGCAUGCUCAGGAGAUGCUGUGGGGCAAGUGGGUCUGGCACCAGGGGCAGCCAGACCCCCAGACCCCGGCAGGGCUCGAGGGUGGGUGGCAGUGGUGGCCAGUCCAGGGACACGGUGGGCACAAUGGGGUGUGGAAGGGCCAGGAGAUGGAUUUGCAAUGUUGAGGGUGGAAGAGGGAGUGGGCAGCAGCGAGCCUGGCCCUGGCCCUGCCUGCAAUGCAGGGCACAGGCAGGAGCUGUGGAGGGGAUGCUGAGGAAGAGGAGUGAGGCCGAAGGGAGCAAGGGGAAUGGUGAGGUGGGAAGAAGGCUGAGCAGAGGUGCCCUUGGCACAGCCAGGGCAGGACCAAAGCGCCAAUGCAGGGAGGUGCUGUGGGAACAGGGAAAGGUCACUGUGCCACCCGUCACCGGCAGCCUGCGGGUGACUGGCAUUGAGGCACAACGUGACAGCCGGGGGGAAUUUUGGACCGUGGGGGUGGGGGGCAUUGUAUGUGCACUAAAGUUAUAAUGAUACCAAAUUUGUGACUUUUUUUUUAUAAACUAAGCUGUAUUUGUA